GGGCAUUUUUUGUUGAAGGGUUGUACUCACCACAUGCCAACAUCCAACAGACUUUUGACAGUCAGAUACAUCCUCAUGCCUCACUCACCUAGAAAAAUAGAAAAAACAAAUAAAUUAUAAAUCCUUGAAAUAUUCAAACAAAAACGUAAACAAAAUUCACACACGAUAUUGCCUAGACUUUUCUGUGCAAUUGGCAGAGGAUGGUGGAGAAACCAUGAAGACAAUAUGAGGACGUUGUUCUUAUUGUUUUUAGGCCAGGUUUUGUCUUUUGGCAUGGCCAUGAUGAGCUUCACUGCCUCUUUAGUUGCCGCUGAAGGCGUUGAUGCACCUCUUACUCUGUCAUUCUUUAGUUACUUGGCUCUCACUCUGGUGUACGGAAGUAUCAUGCUGUACCGGAGCAAAAAAUUGCUGGUUCCUUGGUAUUGGUAUGUUCUCCUAGGAUUUGUUGAUGUCCACGGCAAUUAUCUUGUUAAUAAAGCUUAUGAAUUCUCAUCAAUUACAAGUGUGACAAUAUUGGAUUGUUGGACGAUUGCAUGGGUAAUAUUGCUCACAUGGAUUUUCCUUGGCACGAAAUAUUCUUGGUGGCAAUUCUUUGGUGCAGCAAUUUGUCUUGCAGGACUUGGCCUGGUGCUUCUUUCUGAUGCCCAUGAGGGAGGUGAAGGUGGUUCGAAACCUCUUUUGGGUGAUGUACUUGUCGUUGCAGGGACAAUUUUUUUCGCAUUGAGCAAUGUUGGUGAGGAGUUUUGCGUCAAGAAGAAAGAUCGUGUUGAAGUAGUCGCUAUGAUUGGUUUGUUUGGUAUGCUAUUGAGUGCAAUUGAGAUCGUUGUAUUGGAGAGAAAGAUCCUUGAAUCAGUGACGUGGUCUUCAGAAAUUAUGACAGCCUUUGCUGGUUAUGCGGCAUCAAGCUUUAUGUUCUACACACUUGUUCCUUUUGUUCUAAAGAUGGGUGGAUCCACACUGUUUAAUCUCUCUCUUCUUACGUCUAAUAUGUGGGCAGUUGCCAUUAUAAUAUUUUUCUACAAGCAGAAGGUUGAUUGGCUAUACUUUCUCGCUUUUGCAGUAGUUGUCGUUGGAAUUGCCAUAUAUUCUAAAACCAAGAAGGAUCAUGAAAGCAUACCAACUAUUCAAGAUGCAGACCAUAAUCCAGCGUAUCUUCUCCUUGAUGAAGAAAAUUCAGAUACUAGAAAUGACGCUGCUGUUUCAUCGUGAGAAUCAAAGGUCGCCCAUCUUGUUAUCUAACGCAUAAUGGAUAAAUUUUAUUUGUACAUGUCAAAGAUCUACUAUUGUAUAAUGCAGAAUCGCUUUCUAUUAGAAAUGAGUCGGACAAUGUUGAGAUGUCUCUAUUAAUGGUACGCUUCGACAAUCAAGUUAUUAGUUGAGACUUGAGAGUAUAUUAUGAAUAUUCUCUAUAGUAAGGACUCGAGAUACUAUUUUUCGUGCCAUCCAAACACAAUCUUACCUUGA